GCUCCCGGCUCGGCUAGCUCCUGACUGGAGCCGCCGCCGCUCUCGCCGCAUGCUGGUUCGCGCUCUUGCCCGAGGAGCUGGAAGAUGGCGGAGCCGGGGCCGGACUGCGGCGCGCUUCUGGACGAGGAGCUCUCGUCCUUCGUGUUCAACUAUCUCGCCGACAGUCAGUAUGAAGUGUCUGGUGAAGAGCAUCUUUACUCUGAUUUCCCAGAGAUUGAUUUAUCCCAGUUGGAUGCCGGUGACUUUGACACAGCCAACUGCUUCAGUGAGCUACAGUGGUGUUGCGAGCGCUCUGAAACAGAGUCCAGCCAGUACAGCACAGAUGACUCUGAGCUUUUUCAGAUUAUAGACAGCGAGAAUGAAGCUCUACUGGCAGCUCUCACUGAGACACUGGAUGACAUCCAGGGAGAAGACAUGGGCCUGGCUGCCUUCAGAAAUAUGGACGAGGGGGACAUGCCCAACAGCGGCUGCACAUCACCCACCCCCUCUCCCAAACCUGCUGCCCCUGUCUCGAGGGGGCCUCCUCUGACCCCAGAGAUUGAUGAGCUGUCUCUACUGAAGAAAUUGCUUCUUUCUCCAUCCAAUGUGCCUGCAAGCUAUGAGUUUCCAAAAGAGGCAAAUGUGUGGCGAUCAGGACCACCCAGAUCCAGAUCCCAGAGGCCCUGCACAAAGGUGGGAGGUGUUCGAGACAGGAAGUCAAGCUUUUUCCAGUCUCAGAGUCGAAGUUGCACUGAGCUUCACAAGCACCUCACCUCCACCGACACCUCCACACACUGCCCACACACAAAAUCCAGUUGGCCCCCAGAUGAGUGCCAUAGUAGCAACGACAGCAGUGAGCCCCAAGUACAUUAUGCCCACAAUGGAGAGGACAGUGACUCCAGUGAAGAUCUGCUAAAUUUCAGUAACGUUGUAGCAACUCCUCCCUCCUCCUCCUCAGAGGAAGGCAGCAGUGAGAAGGAGCUACACGCUGCAGUGGAACUUAUCCGCUACAUGCAUACCUACUGCCUUCCUCCCAGAAAGCUGCCCCCUGCAGGACUUGUGGAUGUUAAACACCAGCAUUACCAUAGCCCCUCCAAAAGAGCAAAGCCAGAUUGCCCCCUGCAAAGGCCUCUCUUCUGGGGCAAGGACACUCGCUCCUCUAGCUCCUGGCAUACUUCUAGAGGUUGUAAACGGUCCAGAGCUUCCUCCUCUGAUUUCUCCAUCUUGAAGGAACUGCUAGCCAGAGACCUCCCCUGUGACGUGAGCAAGCCGUACCGGUUGGCCAGGCCUGUAUAUGCCUCCUUGGCCAGGUCGCAACCUCCCAAAUCUCCAAGGCCUCCACCACUUGAGACAAGUACGUCCACAGCCAAAAUGCCACCAAAGGAGAAAAGUGAGCUGAGGCAGAGUGUCCCCACAGAGCCCGAGGCUAAGAAAGGGACUGGCAGCCCUGCAGAAGAAGAUGGGGCAAAGCGAGGGACUUUCUCAGCCCAGCUAGCCCCUGGGAAGACGCUUCGCAAGCAGGAAAGCUCCGUUUAUGCAGUACGUCGCUCCAAACGACUGAAUCCUGAGCUAAGCCUCUGGCUGUCGUUCUUCGAGGAGUCUUCUUCAGACCCUGCUAUAUCCACAGAGUCAGCAGGGGACAGAGCAAAGGAGCCAUUUCCUUCCAUGGCCCCUUUAGAGGACUUUGACACAGAAGCACCAGCAGCAGAGGUGGAAGUCAGUGGCUUGGAUGAGGCGGAGAGUGAAUGUCAGAGCCACCCGAUGGAGCUGCAGACCCCUUCUCCUGAGAGCCCCGGAGAGAGCGAAGCAUAUGAAACAAAUGAGGUCCCCUGCUGCACCCUCUUGACCCAAACAGAAGCACCCAGGUGUCUGUCACUGCCCUUGGCGCAAAUUGACCCUACAUUUGGGAAGCAGAACUUUGAGCAAGUGCUGACUGUAGAGCUGUGUGGCACUGCAGGUCUCACACCACCAACAACUCCGCCAUACAAACCUUCAGAGGAGGACCUGUAUAAACCCGACAUUCACCAGAGGCCUGCAAAGGAGUCUGCUGUCGUCACCAGCUCUGAGAUGCAGCCAGCGACAGGCAACGGUGCAAAUUCCAGGAAGCUCCAGAAGAAACAUCCAGUGCGGACAGAGCUGUAUGCCCACCUGAGUCGGGCUGCUGCCCAUCCAUCUCACCUCGAGCAACAUGGGAUGCUGAAGCGCCCUUUUUCACGUUCUUUCGGUGACCACGACUAUUGUCAGGUCUUGAAGUCUGAGGCAUCGCUCCAGAGAAAGGUGCUGAAAUCCUGGGAGCCCCCGAGCUAUGUGGAAAGCCAGUUCAAGCGGAGACUGCCUGAUGUGCACUAUCGGGGUGCAAGUGAAGAGGGCGCUGAUGAGGCCUCAGCAAAGGAGGGCAGCAAACAGCUGAGAGACCAGGAGAUCAGAGCCAGCUUGACAAAGCACUUUGGCCUCUUGGACAGUGCCCUAGAUGAUAGGGAGAUGGCCUUCUGCAAGAUGCCUGACGAUGAUGCUGUCUUUGAGGACAGCUGCAGUGAGAUUGGUUCCCCGCUGGAAGAGGAAGAGGAAGAGGAGGAAGAGUGCUGCUCAAGUCCCUUGGAAUCCAAGAUGUGCCCAUACAAGAAUCCUCUUUCUAGAGCCAGUUUGCUCUAUUGUUCCAGAAGCAGGUCCGGUUCUGAGUCUUCAUGUGGCAAGUCCAGGCCUCCAGCAAGCAGAUGGGCUUUCAGAUGCGAAAAUGGCAAGCAGUGUCAGGUUGGAACCGUGAGCAACCCAGGGCAGAUGGAGAAGAGAAGAGAAAAAGCCAUUGGAGAAGGCCGGGUUGUGUUCAUCAAAAACCUCUCCAGCAGUAUGAGCUCCAGUGAACUGAAGCAGCGUUUUGAAGUGUUUGGUGAAAUCGUUGAGUGUUGCGUUUUGACCAGAAAUAAAAGGGGAGAUAAAUAUGGCUUCAUCACAUACCGGUGUUCAGAACAUGCCGCCUUGUCUCUGAAGAAUGGUGCCUCAUUGCGGAAAAGAAAUGAACCCUCAUUCCAACUGAGCUACGGUGGCUUUGGGCACUUCUGGACCAGAUACACUGACUUGGAUUCCAGUACAGAAGAAUCUUCCCCAGCUCCAGUAAAAAGUAAAUAUGAGACCAUGGAUUUUGACAGCCUGCUGCAGGAGGCCCAGGAAAGCCUGCUUCGGUAACAGCCUUAACCUUUGAGGAAUACCUCAAUACCUCAGUCAAGGCACUUCCAGUAUGUUUACGUUUUCAAAGGAAUGAUCAAGUAUCCAACAAGAAUGAGAGCGAGAGAGAGAGAGACUGCUGUCCCUUUAAAUUGAUGUUUACAUUGAACAAGCUGCUUCUGUCUGUGAGUCCCCAUGGCGUUGAUGUUCCACUGCCACACAUUAGUAUCUUUGCUUCUGAAUGGUUGUGUUAGGAUGAGCCCGCAAAAGCCUCCUGCCCCCUUCUUGUCCGCCCCUUUCUCCGACUGGCCCCUCUCCCCUACUUCUGCCGUGACGUCGCAGCUGUGUUCACAAUAACCUUUUCUUUUUCUUUUUUUUUUGUCUGUAGUGUGUGAUGAUAAAAUUGUUAAUUGUGAAUAGAAUCAGGAUUGUAAACUAAUUUUUAAUAGAAGAAAGAAAUAUAUACUUAUAAUGUAUUUAUGGCUCAGAUGUACUGUAAUUCAGAUUUAUUGUACCGCUUCCUUGAUUUUUUAACUAUGCACUGUAAUGAGGCACUUGCCCCCCGAGCAGAUGUGGCCAGCCCAGAAGGGUACUCCUCAGUCAGUGGCUCAGGUGAAAUUGUUUUCCCUCCCUGGUGGAGAAUUCCAGUUCGGCUCUCGAUGAACUGAGGCAUUAUUGAAUGAUAUUUUUUUUUCCUUAUUGCUGUAAGCCAUUAUUUCCAUUUGCAUGGGCUGAGCUGCAGGAUCUCCAUUUCCAAAUUGUCGGCUGCACGAGAUUCAGAGUAUGUAGGGACAGAGUUUUCAAAUUGUGAAUUUCUAAGAACGUGAAGUUGGCGGUGUUACAAGUUAGUAAAGCUCCAUCUGACUUCCAUGCCAGGAAAGCAGGAAGACUGAUACGGUCUGAGAGCCACCCCCAGAAGGAUUCUGCCAAAGGGUUCCUCAUCGUAAUGUACAUUACGAUGGCAGCUGUUGUUUCAUGGAAUCUCAGUAAACAAAAUGUGGGAGUUUGAAGUACAGGAACAGGGAACAAACCAUUCAAGGCCAUACGUCACAUCAGUGGUAGCCUCAGGAAUAGAUCUUUACCAUCUGGUCAUUUUAACCAAAGCAACAUCUCCUGCCAGGUGGAUGGCAGGAGGCUUUCUUGGCAAUACUUCUUGGCAGUAGAAUGGGGGCAAAAGAAUUCAUGCCGUUGCUCUGGAAAGGAGUAUGUGAUGCUCAGAGCUAGCUAAUAGUGCAUGGAUUACCAGCUGAGCAUCACUGCCUAUUAUAAACACUGUUCUCCUUCUCAGUGGAGUCUAAUAAGCCAUACCAUAACAUCUAGCCAUAGGGAUGGUAAUACCAGGAUCCUAGCUCUUCCCAUCGAUAAUUCUGUCAAAGGAUUGCUCCCACCCAUCCUCCAAAAGACACUAAACUUGCAGCUUUUUUACUUUUUGGUAGCUCAGAUCUGAUCUCAAGGCUUGUUCCCUUGAUUGGCUUCUUACGCAUUUGCAGACUCGAGGCCUUGUAAGCUGUGCAACCCUAAACCGAGUUGCAUCCUUCUAAGUCCGCAGAAGUCCAUAGAAGUCAAUAGGCUUAGAAGGCUUUAACUCUUCGUAGGGUUGCACUGUAAAUCAGCAUAGCCAAAUUUAUGAUGGUUCAGGGAAAUGAUUUAUAGAGAAUGGGGCUCUUUGAUAAUAGCCAGAAUGCCAAGUCAGAGGAUUUGUGCAAGCUUCCUGAUCAGAAGAUCAUUAGGGGAGGGAUCCCCUCUGUAACUGCCUCACAGUUGUUACAUCCUCAAGCAUCUAGUGUUCACCUGUAUAGCAGACAAUAUACAUUGAAGGAUGGGAGAGGGAGACCAAGAACCCAAUAGAAAUUUCAAUAGACAGCAUUUUCCAGUAGGGACCAAAUAAUCUUGCAGAGCUUUCCAUCAGUUAUGGUGUCUGGUUUAUUUUUCACAAAAAGGGGAGACCUCUGGGAUUCAGCUCUCCCAUGUAGAUAGAUUAUUAGAGCCUUAAUUCUACCAGUAGAUAAUCUUCUCAUAAAGUCCCUCUUACAUUAACAUUUAUUCAGCUUGAACUAUUGCCAACAUCUAAGCAACUUCCCAGUUUGGGCUUAACUCAGGCUGUCCAAAGCCUUACACGUCUGAGUAGUCCCAUUGACUCAGUAAGGACUGCACAUGUCCAAAAUGCCGCCAGGUAGGUCGCAGUGUGUCCUGUAUGAAUAAUCUGAUUAGCUCUCCCUUUUGAUGUAGUGCUUUUAACAACACGAUUUCGCAAUCUAUUGUAAAAGAAAGAAAGAAAAAACAUUUGUCAGUAUAUUUGCUGCCGCACCUUGCUUAUGCCACCUGUGUCUUGGAACUUCCUGAGAAAUUACAGGGCUCUUCAAUUCUCCUGUAAUCAGCCUGCAGCAAGGCCUGGCCCAAAGGAACCAUCUGCUAUUGACAAGUGCCUCAUUGUAGCUCCGCCUUUUUCUGUCCUAGUAUUUCCUCACCACAAUGAUGUUUACAUGUGAUUGCUAUAGAGCUUACUGUAGAAUGUAUAUAGCGACACAUUUAGGGUGGGUAGGACCGUCCUGUCCUGUGCCGUGCUGAUGUUUUCAGAGAAAAAAAAUCGAACAGAAAAAAAAAAGUAACCACCCCCACAAUCAAUAAGUGGAAUUCUUCCAUCUCCUGGCUCUGUUAUAAAGGCGGAUCAAAGUUCAGAUCCGGCUUUGGUCAGAGAGAUGGAAAAUGCAUCAAAUGUUAAGCUUGUCGAAAGGGUUGAAUGCAUCUGUGGAGGAGGAGGAGGAGGAGUCUUUCUGCUCUUCAAAAGGAGCAGCAUUCAGUGUGAAUCAUUUGCAGCUGCUGAUCUGUACUUGCUCGUCUUUAUAUCUCAAGAGGCUAGACUUGCCGGUGAUAUUUGAGCAUGCGAGUGGAUGCUCUUCAGAGGAAGGAAGAUCUAGUAAUGCACAUGACCUCUCAAUCCUAGCUUUAGGGAGAGGUGCAAUAAGUGGUCUUUGUGUUGCCUGAAGCCUAUAAUUUUUUUUUUUUUUUCGCAAGAAACUUCACUAGGACUUUAUGCAAUAUGCACACAUGUGCACAAGCGCGCACAUUUGGUGAAAGGGUAAGGGUAGUGGUUGGGGCAGCGAGCCCCUCUCACUGCUGCUGGGGAUGGCAAUUGCUGUCAAUUCAGCACUGUUGAAUGUAGAACCGGACUGGCAUGUUUAGAAAUUCAGCGCUGAUUAUGGCGUACCAGUACCCGUGACUUACUUUCGUGGCUAUUUUAGAAGCACAGCUAAGUUUGUAUCAGUUAUACAAGGGUAAGUGUGAAAACUGUUUGCCCUUAUGUAUGCUCUUACAGUGGCUUUAGGAACUUGCAAUUAAUCAUGGCAGAGGAGGAUAAUAGCAGGGGAGGUCUCCAGCACAGUAGCAAAGGAACGAACUCACCACCUGUCCUUAGUUGGGAAGGAGCAGCUAGCCGCAAUUCUCCAUGUGUGUCCCAGGAAGUCAAUCUGAGAUGCUACUAGCUGAAGACCCAAUUCUGUAUGGCAGAGGAGUCAAUGAGAUCUUAUCGGUACAGUGGAGUCAUCCCCUUGUAUCCCCAUGUCAGAUCAACAGGGUG